GCAACACGAAGCAGUAGGAACAGCAGUGUGAAGAUGGUAAUUUUAGUGAUUAGUGUAUAACUAACUCGAGUUUAAGAUUAUAUGAAGCGGUGCAUGGGGUGUAUUUCAAACCAUGGAGAUAUUUAGAGACGACACGGAGUUUACUGGUAUCCAAAUGGUGCAACGGGUUGUGGAUAUGUUUGAGAGACGUCCUCGUAUGCAAAGGAUAAUAAGAUGUGGCCUUCUUGGUAUUGAAUAUGAAGAUGAUCUAGAUGUUACCGACGAUGAUGAUGAUGAUGAUUAUGAAACUGACAGUUGGGUACACUGUCAAAACAAUUUCCCUGACAGCAGUGAUAGAGAAUUAAGUGUGAACCAUACAUCCAGCACUCACUGUCAGUCUCCACGUUGUAACUACUAUGGUUGGGAGCCCCAUUAUCACCAACCCUCCAUAAAACUUCAGGAAGACGAGAGUGAUACUGAAAGAGAAGCCAAAUUAUUACAAGAUGAGAAAAAAAGCAAAGAACAGGCUGAGAAGAAGCGGCUUAAGAAACAGAAACAGAAGGAAAGAAGACGUCAGAAGAAAUUGGACCAGGAAAAACUGAACCCUGUGAAGAAAGAAGAGGGAACAGAUGACCCCCAACUGUCUAAAGCAGACAAGAGAAAACAAGUUAACGCUAAAUCUAAAGAUGGUGCCAGCACCAGAGUUAAAGAGCCGGCUGCAGCUAAAGAUACGGAGAGCAGCGAUGGCAGUGAAAACGAAUCCAGUGAGAAAGAUAGUGACAAGGAUGACUCAGGAGACUCUGAGGAGCUGGAUCUGACGAGUACUUUUGUGAGUAAAGCUGCUCUCAUAGCCAGACGUAAAUUGGAGCAGUCACGGCCUGAGAGGAAGGAGAAAAAGAAGGUUGCACUUAAAGAAGAAACUAAAACAGUCCCUGGAAAACCUAAUGAAAACCAGGAUGCUGUCAAAAAGCAGGACUCUGCCGAACCUAGCAGCCCCACAUUUGAAGAUAAUGUAAAAAUUAGCACAGAUAUUGCAGUUAUUGGAAAUCAGUAUGCAAGUGCAGGAAAUUAUAAUAUGGCUGUGAAGUAUUUCACGGAUGCAAUUAAGUACAACCCGACAGAGUUUAAGUUGUUUGGCAAUCGUUCCUUCUGUUUUGAAAAGAUGCAAGAAUAUGAGAAGGCCCUGACAGAUGCGGAGCUGUCCCUCAGCAUGUAUCCAGGCUGGGUUAAAGGCCUGUUUAGGAAGGGCAGAGCUCUGGCUGGUCUAAAGAGGUAUGAAGAGGCUUCCAAGGUCUUCAGGGAGGUUCUGAAGAUGGACAGCGCCUGUGCAGAAGCUGCUCAAGAACUGAUGAGAGUACAGAUCACACAACUAAUGGAGUACGGUUUCACUCGGGAGCAAAGCUCAAAUGCUUUAAUUAUUCACGGCACAGUAAAUAAAGCUCUGGAGGUGCUGUUCAAAUUAAAGCAACAAGCAGGAGCUGUUCAAAAUGGCACCCUUCCACCGGUUCAAGUAGCCAAUGUCACCGGAACCUCUCCAGUCCUUUCAGCCAACACAACCCCUGCUCCUGCCUUUCCUCCUCCUCCUCCUCCUCCCACUCCUCCUCCUCCUCAGUCCAAGGAGGCGACGACAACAUUAAAGAAUAAACCUUUAGGCCCAGUCCAGAAUAUGUCAAAUGUCCCGAGUGAGCCAAAGCCCAUUUCCAAGCAGGCCGUGACCAGCAGUGAGGACAAACGAUCACCACCGGAGCUGUUUCCAGUUUGGGUGGGAAACUUGUUUCACCAAGUGAGCGAGUCCAUGAUAACCAACCUGUUUAACAAGGUUGGAGCCGUCUAUAGUACGAAGCUGCUGACCUCCAAACGAUGUGCCUUUGUUAACUUUACAAAACAAGAGGAUUGUGAUGAAGCAAUCCGACGUUUUAAUGGCUUUGAGCUGAUGGGCAUCAAGAUAGCAGUGAGAUACCCAGAUAGGAUUCCUCACGGCAUGGGCAUUUCAAAAUCUGCCCUCAAAGCGGAAGACCUGCAAGAUGAGAAUAUGUGGCAAAGAGACUACGCUGACAGGAGGAAUGCAGGUGAAUACCAGAGACCUUUUCGCCCUUACAGACAUGUCCCUAGCUACAGAGGCCCCUACAGCUACUGAAAGGAAACCAGAUGCCUUUAAGGUGCCCUGGGUGUGACUGUCCUCCUUUAAUAAAAGCAGAUCACUUAAAUGCAGUACUCUUCAAGUUAUAUCGGUAUAUGUUUUUAUAAUGAACCACAGAAGCCAAUCCUAAUUUGGUAGCAAAUUUUAAAUAUUAAUGCAAGUAUUAAUCACUGAAUGUGAUCUAAAGUAGUUUAUGUGGUUUUCUUUUUCAAGUAUUAUUCAUGGCAAAUAUUACAGGUUCGUGUUUUAACAAUUAAGUGUAUGCUGAAUAUGCAACCACUUUUAUUACAGUUAUGCACAGUGUUGCAGGAAUCCUUAUCCUUUU